AUGCUUGGAAGCUCGACGUGGACAUGUUUGCGGUGUCUCUCACGAAGUCUACGGCUUGCGCAGUCUACCAGAGUUGUUACACUGUCUAGACGAUACAGUUCUACAGGAACCACCAAAGAAAAUCAAUUAUCUCCUAUACUAUUAAACCGAGCGAGAGCUCUAGCUGCAGAGCAUGCUACCCUUUCCGCAAAGCAAACAGAGUCCUUCGAGAGGGCUGCUGCAAAGCGGAUAGGGGAGCUUGCACCUGUUGCCAAUGCUUUGAGGGACUGGGACACAGCUCAUGAGUCCAUAACGGAGCUUCAGGGUCUGGUAAAUGAACCAUCUACCGAUGCAGAGCUCAAGUCCCUCGCCGAAGAUGAUAUAACAACAACAAUUGGGACAUUAUCGUCCUUAUCAGCCACAUUAAAACGGGCAUUGAUUCCUCGUCAUCCUUUUGCGGAUAUGCCGUGUCUUAUUGAGAUUCGCCCAGGUGCAGGAGGAGACGAGGCUGGGCUCUUUGCCGCAGAGAUGCUUCGCAUGUACACAUCGUUCUGCUCCAGCCGGGGCCUGAGAACUACGAUAAUAAAAAUGGAGGCAGAGGACGGAGCUGGCGCAGGCGCAGAGGAUCGGCUGUCUGAGGUGGUAAUGGAAGUCGAAACUCCCGGGAGCUAUAAUAUUCUUCGGACGGAGGCAGGCGUACAUCGUGUCCAGAGAGUGCCAGCAACAGAGGCAAAGGGCCGUACACAUACAAGUGCCGUGAGCGUUAUGAUACUGCCUAGUUUUCCUGAGAGUAAUCAGGAAGACAGCCCCUUGAACUUUGACGACCCGAAUUCAGAUUACUAUGUCAACCCACAAGAUGUGCAAUCUGAGAAAUUCCGCGCUAGUGGUGCAGGUGGUCAGCAUGUCAACAAGACGGAGUCCGCAGUGCGUCUCACACAUGUUCCUACAGGAACAGUCAUCUCCAUGCAGGAUUCCCGCUCCCAGCAUGAGAAUCGCCGAAAGGCCUGGCUGUUGCUCAGAGCCAAAUUAGCCCAAGCAAGACGAGAGGCUAGGGAACAGGAGAUGAUGGAACUACGGCGUGGCGCCAUGGGCGGUGUCAAUAAGACUGGCAGAGGAGAUAAAAUCCGCACAUACAACUUCACACAGAGCCGGUGUACAGACCAUCGGAGCGGCAUGACAGUUCAUAAUAUCGGCAAGGUCAUGGAUGGAGGUGAGAACCUUGAGAAGAUUAUAGAGAGUGUUCAGAACUGGCUUGUAGAUCAGGAAGUCGAGGCCUUGUGCCUUGAGCAGCAAGCUGCCAUAGCUGAGGGUAAACCGUCUCGCAAAGCUUCCGCUUAA